GCACAAGGGAUUAUAUAUGUGUCUGCUUGGGCGAACGCACUGGAUCGGUGCCGAAGGCUAAAGUAUGUUCUCUGGCAGUUCGCAUGUAUCGAUCACGGAUGCGGCUGAUUACGAUUUCGAGAAUACGGAAAAUGCGGCCAAAUGGAGGGGCUUGUUCAUUUCAUCAUUGCGGAAGGUGCUGGAGCAGGUGCAUCCUUCGCUGCAGGCCCGGGAGGAUGCAUUGCUGUACGUCGAGAGCCUAUGCCUGCGAUUGUUAGCGACGCUGUGUGCGAAGCCACCGCCGCACACGGUAAUGGAUGUGGAGGAACGUAUCAGCCGUACCUUCCCGAAUCCGAUCGAUAGGUGGGCACUAGGAGAGGCACGAGAAACGAUAGACAAGUCGAAGAAGAAGAAACCGGUACUGCCAGUUGAUCGAGUGCAUACGCUACUGCAGAAGGAGGUACUGCAGUACAAAAUCGACAGUUCCGUAUCGCUGUUUCUGGUGGCCGUCCUCGAGUACAUAUCCGCCGACAUCCUGAAACUGGCCGGGUACUAUGUGAAGAACAUACGCCACAUCGAAAUCACCCGCGAGGACAUCGAGGUUGCCAUGUGCGCUGACAAGGUACUGAUGGACAUGUUCUAUCAGGGUGAAAGUUCCAACUCGAUGGCACCGAGUCCGCUUCCACCAACACCCCGUGCCAGCCUCAGCUACGAGGAAGUUGUAAAGGAACUUAUACACGACGAGAAACAGUAUCAACGGGAUCUGCACAUGAUCAUCCGAGUAUUCCGGGAGGAGCUAGUUAAGAUAGUUAAGGAUCCUAAAGAGCUGGAUUUAAUAUUUUCCAACAUAAUAGACAUUUAUGAAGUUUCGGUGACGUUGCUGGGAUCGCUCGAAGAUGUGAUAGAAAUGUCCCAGGAACAAACGCCACCGUGUAUUGGUAGCUGUUUUGAAGAACUGGCGGAAGCGGCUGAGUUCGACGUGUAUGCUAAGUACGCAAAGGAUAUUACAUCGGUGAUUGCAAAAGAAGCACUAGCCAAUUUAUUAGCACGACCGGAGGUAGCCAGUUCACUGAUGUCAGCCGGACAUGGUUUCAAGGAGGCGGUCAAAUUUUACCUACCAAAAUUACUAUUAGGGCCUAUUGGGCAUGCGCAGUUAUAUUUGGAUUACAUUAAGGUUUUACUACAGCUGAGUCCCUCGCAAGAGGACAAGGAGAGCUUUGAGCAGGUGCAAGGUUUACUGAAACCGUUGCAGUGCGAGCUGCAGAGUAUUUCAUCGCUCCUGCCAAAAGAAUACUUCACCAGAGUGAACAGUCGAGCACGGAGGCAAUCGGCGAUAGAGAAAACGCGCGAUCUUCAAAACACGGUUGAACACUGGGAUAAGGACGUGGGACAGUGCUGUAACGAGUUCAUCCGGGAGGAUACACUGGCAAAGCUGAGCUCGGGGAAGCGACAAACAGAACGCAAAGUUUUUUUGUUCGAUGGAUUGUUGGUGCUGUGCAAAGCGCGGCGUCAAAUUGUCCCCGGUAACAACUACGAUUACCGGCAGAAGGAGCGGUUCUUCAUGCGGAAGGUUGAAAUCAUUGACCGGCCCGACACGGACGAGUUGAAGCACGCGUUCGAGAUCUCACCGCGAGAGCAGCAGAGCGUUGUACUUAUCACCAAGAACGCCCAACAUAAAAACGACUGGAUGGCAGAUCUGAUUAUGCUAAACACAAAGUCAAUGUUGGAGCGUAUUUUGGACAGUAUCCUGCUAGAUAUCGAGAAGAAGCAUCCGUUAAAGUUGCCGAGUCCGGAAAUUUACAAAUUUGCUGUUCCAGAUGGCCCUUCGAAUAUUGUGCUGGAGGAGCGUGAAGGCACUGGGGUUCCACUGAUCAAGGGUGCAACACUGUGUAAGCUGAUCGAACGUUUGACCUACCACAUAUACGCCGAUCCAAUGUUUGUGCGUACCUUUCUUACCACGUACCGGUCGUUCUGUUCGCCGAAGGAGCUGUUACAGCUGCUGGUAGAACGUUUCGACAUUCCCGAUCCGGCCGUUGUGUACGAUCCGGCGGCUGAAAAAGAAUUGGCCAGUGGUGAUACCGACAAAUUCCACAAGAAUUCACAGCGAGAGGAUUGGAAACGAUACAAGAAGGAGUACGUGCAGCCGGUACAGUUUCGUGUGCUGAACGUGUUACGACACUGGGUCGAUCAUCAUUUUUACGACUUUGAACGAGAUUCUGAGUUGCUCGAUUCGCUCGAAAGGUUUCUGGAAACGGUACGCGGUAAAUCGAUGCGAAAGUGGGUUGAUUCGGUGAUGAAGAUCGUUCAGCGAAAGAACGAAAGUGAGGACAAUCACCGGCAGAUAACGUUUGCAUUUGGUCAUAGUCCGCCUGCGAUUGAGCAUCAUCUGCCACUGAGCAGUGAGAAUGAGUUCAACCUGCUUAUGUUGCAUCCACUAGAGCUGGCACGACAGUUGACUCUGCUAGAGUUUGAAAUGUACAAGAAUGUAAAACCCUCCGAACUGGUUGGCUCGGUGUGGACGGGGAAGGAUAAAGAAACAACUAGUCCUAAUUUAUUGAAAAUAAUGCAUCACACCACAAAUUUUACACGGUGGAUCGAGAAAUCGAUUAUUGAGGCAGAAAACUUCGAAGAACGCGUGGCGAUGGCCAGCCGUGCAAUUGAAGUGAUGAUGGUGCUGCAGGAUUUAAACAACUUCAACGGUGUGUUGUCGAUCGUGUCCGCCUUUCAAGGUGCGGCUGUCCACCGGCUCAAGUUAACACUCGAAGAUAUUCCAAAGCGACACCAGCAGGUGCUGGGCGAAUGUCGCGAGCUGAACAACUCGCACUUCAAGAAGUACCAGGAGAAACUGCGCUCAAUCAAUCCUCCCUGUGUGCCAUUCUUCGGUAUGUAUCUCACCAACAUUCUGCACAUCGAGGAAGGCAAUCCGGACUUCCUGCCCAACACCGAGUUGAUCAACUUCUCCAAGAGAAGAAGGGUGGCCGAAAUCACUGGUGAAAUACAGCAAUAUCAGAAUCAACCAUACUGUUUAAAAGUCGAUCCUAGCAUAAGGCAUUUCCUAGAAAAUUUAGACCCUUUUAAAGGCAUGAGCAUUACGGAAAUACAAAACUAUCUGUACGAGGAAAGCAAGCGAAUAGAGCCGAAAAAUUGUCGCCAGCCUUUGAAAUUCCCUCGUAAAUGGCCGGACAUUCCAUUAAAAUCGCCCGGUAUCAAGCCAUCGUCGAGACGCAAUAACAGUUCCGCCAACUCGUCGAUGACUCUACCCGGCACGCUACCAUACAGCAAAACGUCCCUGCUGGCAAACAGUGAUACAGGCGAACAAUCGCCACCGGCAUCAUCGUCGUCGUCCGUGCAUGACUAUUCCAUCUUUGCAUCGGUCAACAUACACUCGUCAUCUUCCGGGACGUCUUCGCUUUCAUCGCUUUACUACCAGCAACAGCAACAACAUCUUCAACUACAACAACAGUUUCAGCAACAGCAGCAACAACAACACUCCUCUUUUUACCAUAGCCAACAAGGUGCGGUUGGAGGCAGUAGUAACAUGGGAAGCGGUAGUGCCGGCUCGUCCCAGUACUCACAUCACAGUGCACACCAUCCACAUCAGCAGCUGUACCUGCACCAUAGUCAGCCCCAUUACAGCCAUCCUCAUCACUAUCAACCGAGCUUUUCGCAGUCGAUAGCGAAUCUAACGACAGCCGGCGGCGACAACCAAAUGGCACCGGAGAUACCGCGCCGCUCGGACAGUAUUAUACUGACCAACACAAACCAGCUGCUGACCGGAAGUGGCUGCCUAUCGGAAAGCAGUGGUAGCUACAAUGGUGGUAAACUACUGCCGAGUCCGCGCUAUCCUUCCGCCUCGAUGACAACGCUUUCGUCAGGUUCAUCCUGUUCAACGGCGCCCUCUGCUGGUACCGGUGGAAUGGGCGUUGGUGCCUCCAGCUACUCAAUCGGGGGCAGUCUGUACAGUGGUUCUAGCAGUGAAGCCUCGGGGUACGGUACUGCUAGCUCAGUAACAUCAUCGUCGGCGGCCAGUAUUGUCUCAAUUUCGCACAAUGAUGGAAAUGUGCAACAGCAACCUGCUGGGACAGUGGCGAUGACCCAUCCCGACAUUCCACCAGCGAUCAGUCCACGGACUGACAAACCCCAACCGUUGCAUCCACCACCACCCCCACCUCCACAGUAUGCUUGUGGAAGUCCGGGAGCGAAUGGGGGUAGUGGUAGCAGCAACACCACCGGUACAAUACUAGCUAACACAACAACCGUAGCAACAUCGAUCACAAACAGUACUAGCAGUAACUUUAGACAUAAUACAUCCAAUUCUAUCAAAAAUCAAAACUGUGAUUUUACUUACACCAUCCCAGCCGUCGGCACUACGUGCUGCAGUUCCACAACUAGUGGCGCACCUCCGUCAUCAAAUUCCACUGGACGGCCAUCGUCUUGUGAGCAUUCUCCUAUAUUUCCUUCCAGUCCGAAAAUCCAACUCCAGCAUAAUCAUGCCACUGCGGGAACGACUUCACCCUGCCAGCAUCACCACCUGCACCACCAUCCACCAGCCGCAACACAACACACAGACACGACGGCGGUCGAUGGUGGUGUUCCCUAUCCGAUCCAGUACAAUAGUAACAGCAACGCAUCACCUUCAGCCAGUAGCGGCCAUCCGUGCCAACAGUGCAACAACGAAAGUGGUGGCGCUGUAGUCGGUGACAGUAGUGGUGGCUUGCCGAACAAUGCCGACUUUGGUCCCAUACCGAUCUCACCGCAUGUCAACGUACCAAAUACACAUAAUGUCCUACCACCCAUGCCGCCUCCACUACCUCCUAGGGUUAAACGAAAAGAAUCUUCCAUGGAAUCGUCCCAGUCGUCUCAAAUACGGCAGGCACCGGAUGCACCGAGGCUACCACCGAGAGACGUUAGUCCACCUCCGAUACCACCAAGGAUUCAUCCCCAAUCGCACUACCAUUUCGGUGUAGCUGGUCAGACUGGUACGACGCUACUUCUCAACUACACACAAAGUCCGGGAGCGUGCGGCGGUACCACUGGUGGUGGUGGUAAUUUCCCAAUGGACAGCUCCAACUGGAACCAUUCCUCGUUGCAUACGAAGGAUGAAUCGGCGUCUUCAUCGUCUUCCUCGUCGACGCUAACGAGAGACAAUUUGAACCAGCAUAAUCAGCAUAGCAUUGGCGGAACGACGGCAAGUAGCAGCAACAGUAGCAGUAUGGAGCAGCGUUUGCUAAUGCUUCCGCACACCAGCACAAUCAUGAUGCGUCGUAACUCCGCGAUGGAUCGUGCAGCGAAGGAAAACAUUCCCAAUAUUGCCACCUCGAGCUCGCUGUCGGGACUGUCGACAAUCGCGGCCGGUCCUGUAACGGUUCCGGGGAAUACGGUGGGUGGAGGUAGCGGCACGACGAUGAAUUCCAGUGGUCCUAGCGGUUCCUCUGGUACCUCCGUUGGUAGCAGCCCGUCAGCGAUAAAAAAUAAAUCAGUACAGAAUUCACCCAGUUCGGGACAUCAGCAACAGCCGAAUGUACUUUGUCGAAGGGCCAGUACAAACAUCUCGCCACGCUUUUCGCCUGGAGAAACGACGCCAAAACUACCACCUAAACCGAAACAGAACAGCAUUAGUUCAGAUCGUACGAUGUUUCCCUAUCCCAGUACGAACUGA